UUCGACUUCUCUUGUCUACUCCGUUUGCUGCUACUAUGAACUCUGCGUAGCAAAGACCACACAGUGACUGAGUGAGGGUUUCGUUAAGAAGCUUCCAGAACAAUGGAAGGCCAAUCCUACGCCCGCAUGCCGCGCGUGAAGAUCCGCGAGCUGAGGGACGACUACGCGCGCUUCGAGCUCCGCGACACCGACGCCUCCAUCGCCAAUGCGCUCCGGCGCGUGAUGAUCGCCGAGGUCCCAACCAUCGCCAUCGACCUCGUCGAAAUCGAGGUGAACUCGUCCGUACUCAACGACGAGUUCAUCGCUCACCGACUCGGACUGAUCCCUCUCACAAGCGACCGGGCGAUGAGCAUGCGCUUCUCACGUGACUGCGACGCGUGCGACGGCGACGGCCAGUGCGAGUUUUGCUCCGUCGAGUUCCACCUUAUGGCUGUUUGCAGGAACGAUGAGACGCAAGAUGUUACGAGCUCCGAUCUCAUCAGCUCUGACCACACCGUUGUUCCUGUUGAUUAUUCUGAAUCUGCUGCCUCCAUUGAUGCUUCUGAUGGCAUAAGCGGCAAUAAGAAGGGAGGGAUUACAAUUGUGAAGUUGCGGAAAGGUCAAGAGGUGAAGCUGAGGGCAAUUGCUAGGAAGGGGAUUGGCAAAGAUCAUGCGAAGUGGUCACCGGCUGCAACUGUUACUUUCAUGUAUGAGCCGGAGAUUCACAUAAAUGAGGAUUUGAUGGAGAGCUUGACACUUGAGGAGAAAAAAGAAUGGGUUGAAAGUAGUCCUACCCCUGUUUUUGAGAUUGAUCAAGUAACACAACAGGUUAUGGUGGUUGAUGCCGAGGCAUACACCUAUGAUGAUGAGGUCAUCAAGAAAGCUGAAGCAAUGGGGAAGCCCGGCCUUGUAGAAAUCAAUGCAAAACAGGAUAGCUUUAUAUUCACUGUGGAAACUACUGGAGCCAUAAAAGCUUCUCAGUUGUUGCUAAAUGCCAUUGAAAUCCUGAAACAGAAGCUGGAUGCUGUACGGCUAUCUGAGGACACAGUUGAGGCUGAUGAUCAGUUUGGUGAGCUGGGUGCACAUAUGCGAGGAGGUUGAUCAAAAUUAUUGUUAGAUAGCAUGGCAAAGUUUUUAUUGUUGAAUAUGCUGGUACAUUGUAUUAACCAAGGAUGCUGAUUAUCUCACCUUUUGUCAUGUGGAGAUAGAGAACUUUCAACUUUGUGUAACUUUGCAAACAGUGGUUAGCUUAUGGUAACAUUUUUUAGAGCUA